AUGUCAUCUGUCAAUGACAUCCUCCGCAUGACCGACGAAACUAUCGCAGACGAGGUCGCAACCAAUGUCACUGGUCCAGUCAUCCUUGCAAGACACCUCAUGCCUCGCCUUCUCGCCAAGGACACAAGGACCAACUUUCUCUCUAGGGAGUCUGGACUGGGCUUUGUUCCAAUUGGUAUAAUUCCCACUUACUGCUCGUCAAAAGCCUAUACGCACCAUUCCAUGGUUGCCAUCCGCCAAAAUCUCCAAGGCUCGAACGGGAAUGUCAUCGAAAUGGUCCCGCCGUUCGUUGUGUCAGACUUGCUUGCUAGAAACGAAGAGAAAGUUGGAAAAUGGCGCCGUAUCGAUGACAAUGGAAGACUCCACCAACAAAAUCCUUCAUAA